AAAUAAAAGGAAAAUUUCACAAAAAUCGGCAAAACCAUCAAUGUGGUGUUAAAAGUUUGUGCAAAUUUUCUAAAUACGCAAAAGAAUUUCAACCAAGAAAAAGUAUGUCUGCUGACAAAGAAUUCCCCAAAAUUAAAUACGGCGGCAGCUCAACUAAACUUGAUAAAUCUCAAUUGGAAUUUAUGAAAUUGAUUGAACAACAAAACUUGGAGAGGGUUACAAAAUUGCAACGCGUUAAACGUAACAAUUUAAUAACGGCCGGUGCUUUGGUUACCUCUGUCUUGGGCAUUUAUGCCUACUCCAUAUUGUCAGUGAAACAAGAGAAAUUUUUGGAUGACUUUGAUGAGCCCAAAAAAGUUUCCAACUAAA